AUGGAGAAUAUAAAUUCUCAUAUACCUCCAAUUAAAUCUCACACGAAAAGGAUCAAAAAUAAUAUAAAUACAUCUAUAAUUAUAUCCAAACAAACUCCAACAAAUCUCAUUUCAAAAAAGAUCCCUUGCACAAAAAUUUCAUGCAUCAUAUUAGAUCUUAUAAUAGUGCGAUCGCCUUCGCCAGUAUGGGAGCACAAAUUUCAGAAUUAUCAGACUGAUAUUCUACCUAAAUUUGCUCAGUUAUAUGUGUUGGAUACAUCUCAGGCCAUUGCAGGACGUCUUCAGCACCCUGCCAAUUCUGAUUGUGAUAUAAAUAUCAAGAGACAUUUAGAUGAGCUUAUACGCCAAAUUAAUCCCUAUGCUUUAAGUUUCAAAACCUUAGGGGAAGUUGAGAAAGCUGAGUUAUCCCUUGCAGAACAUUCAAAUAUAUUACUGCCAAAGAUUAAUAUGAUAUUUCGCGGAGAUCGUUCUAGCGACCGUAGGCGGUAUAAUUUUCCUACAAUUGAUUACGUAGCAAUGAUUUUUACAAAUGAUGAUGGGGAACCUCCCUUUAAGAGAGAUAUAAAAGUGUAUCCUAUAUCCAAUGGGAAUAAUUUAGUAAUUCUUAACGCAUUAAGCCCUAAUUUAGACCCAAUGGUUUACCCUGUACUAUUUCCUCAUGGAGAUCCAGGUUGGCAGCCUAAUAUGAUUGCUGAAGGCUUUGAAAAUUCUGGGCGUUCAAAAAUAUCCAUGCUACAAUUUAAAAUUGCCCGUUUAGCGGUUAGACAAAAUAUUUUUAACCCCCUUCUUAAUGCCGGGAGACUAACUCAACAAUAUAUUGUAGAUUCCUAUCUACAAGUUGUAGCUAAUAAUCUUAAUUUCAUAAAGUUUAAUCAGUCUAAGUUACGCGUUGAGGAAUAUUCAGGACUAAUGGAUUAUUUAGCCUCCGAUUUUUCCAAUAAUAUUAAUAUACCUAUAGGACGGGCAGUUAUUCUACCAUCUUCUUUUCAAUCUCCUAGAAACAUGCAAGAGCGUUAUCACGACGCAAUGUCUAUCGUCUUAAAAUAUGACAAACCCGAUCUUUUUAUAACUUUUACUUGCAACCCAACAUGGCCCGAAAUAUCCGAAAAUCUUUUUAACGGUCAAACGCCUGCCGAUAGACCUGAUAUAGUUUCUAGAGUUUUUAAAAUUAAAUUAGCUGCUUUUUUAUCUGAUAUCACUAAAAAUAACAUGUUCGGGAAAACAUUGGCAUAUGUUUAUACAAUUGAAUUUCAAAAAAGAGGAUUACCUCAUGCCCAUUUGUUGUUCAUUAUAAGUUCAGAGCAUAAAAUUGAUACCGCUGAGGCUAUAAAUAAAUUUGUAUGUGCCGAGAUACCAGAUAGGACUAACAAUUCACAAUUAUUUAACAUUGUUACGCUUUUUAUGAUUCAUGGCCCCUGUGGCAUUCUUAAUCCUCGAUCACCUUGCACGGAUAAUGGCGUAUGUACUAAAAAUUUUCCUAAAGAUUUUAUAAAUGAUACAAUAACAAAUACUAAUGGGUAUCCUCUAUAUAAAAGAAGGGAUGUAGGUUCUAUAUUAAUAUUUGGUAAACCUGUUUAUAAUCGUUUUGUUAUUCCAUACAAUACCUACUUACUUUUAAAAUACAAUGCUCAUAUCAAUGUUGAAAUAUGCACUUCUCUUAAAUCAGUAAAAUAUAUUUUUAAAUACGUAUAUAAAGAUUAUGAUUGUGCAAAUAUCGAUUUAAAUUUAGAAUCUCUCCCCCCUAAAUAUGAUGAAAUUAAAAGUCAUUUAAACACUCGGUAUGUUAGCUCAUGUGAAGCGAUGUGGCGGUUAUUAGAGUAUCCCAUGCAUGAUCGUUCACAUGCCAUUAUUCGAUUAGCUCUCCAUAUGCCUUUUAAACAAUCUGUCUAUUUUCAACAGGGCGAUGAAAGGGAGGCUUUCAAAAGAGCUAAUUUACAUAAAACUACACUUACUGCUUGGUUUCUCUUAAAUCAAUUUAAUCCUUGCGCCAGACAAUAUCUAUACAUUGAUAUUCCCUAUCACUAUGUUUUUGUCAAUUAUAUCUGGCAAGAAAGAAAACGUGGCCAUCAAUCUAUCAUCUCUAGAAUGUUUUCUACCGAUAUUAAAUGUGGAGGUUUUACCUACGCCUACUUCUUCUUCAUGUUCCUGGAGCAACAAGCUUCGAUUUUUUGA